AUGUAUCAGCCAUCAGAUACUCCUGCAGCCUCGGAUCAACCGCAGGAGAAUGUCGACUCAGCCUUCAAUCCUGGCGCUAACCAGGUGAUCGGAUUGAAAAAGAUCCCGCCGUACUGGUAUCCGUACACGACAAUGGCCAAGGGGCGAUGGUUGGGGCGAGAAAUACUUGAAGUUGUAUCGACGGAGUUCCGAGAUCGGUCGAUGGAAUACUACCGAUAUGCGCUCGAAUCCGGGGUUACGACUAUCAAUGGAAAAGUCGCAAAGCCUGAUACUAUCAUUCAAAACGGUGACCGCAUCGAAAACGUAGUUCAUAGGCAUGAACCUCCGGUGACGUCGUCCCCGGUCAAGAUACUUCACCAUGAUGUUGAGCGUGAAUUCAUCGUAAUCGACAAACCGGGAAGCAUCCCCGUACAUCCAUCAGGUCGCUACUACAAAAAUAGUCUAAUUGAAAUCUUGAAAGACGACUUCGGGUACAAAGAUGUAUACACCGUGAACCGCCUGGAUCGACUCACCUCCGGACUCAUGAUUGUUCCGCUCUCCUCGUCCCGCGCUAGAAUGGUGUCCGACGAGUUCAUCGAGGGAAAGGUGCAAAAAGAAUAUGUAGCAAGAGUGAAGGGUCAUUUCCCGCCUGAAGAAGUAAUCUGCGAAGAACCCCUCCUGACCGUCGACCGACAGAUGGGAUUGAAUAUAGUGCAUCCAGAGGGAAAGCCUGCGAAAACCAUCUUCACCAGGAUGCUCUAUGAUAAAGGGACGGACACGAGUGUUGUGCAUUGCCGGCCUCUGACAGGACGAUCCCACCAGAUUCGCGUUCAUUUGCAAUACCUUGGUCAUCCCAUAGCCAAUGAUGUUAUCUAUUCAGAAGAAAGGAUAUGGGGCGCGAAACUGGGGAAGGGUGGUUUAGACCUCACUCCGAGUGACGAACGGGCUGCGCCCAAGCCACCCAGCCACUUCACUCCAGAGGGAAAUCCGGAAUCCCUGACAAAAACGCACAACGACGCUGACAGCGACGGUACACUGAAGCCAAAACUGCUACCGCGAGAGACCGGGCAUGAUAUUGGUAUGGGCUCGCCUGUUCCACUUUCUGCUGAGGCUGUUGGCGUUAUUACUCGCCUGCGGAACAUGAAGGACGAGGACGAGGACUGGAGCCGCUGGCGCGAUGUCGUCUUUCGUGCGAAAGGCGCUCUCGUUCCCAAACACGCGCCUAUACCACUCCCGAAGUCCAAUAGACGUAAACGAGGGGGACCAGCAGAAUUCAUACGAGUCGCAAAUGCGGAGGAGACCAGUCAGACACAGAAGCGGGAGAGUCAACAGCCCUCGGAGCCCCCGCAGCUAUCAACUGAAGAAGCGUUAGCUAAGAUCACGGUCACCUCCGCGACGAAAGAACUUCCUACUAGCAACGCAAUAGCAGCCUCGGAAGAGAAAACGAUGCAUUCAGAGUCGCUACUCUAUUGCCCGGACUGCUACCUACCCUUGCAUCCGGAUCCGAAGCCGGAGAAGCUCUACAUUUUCCUGCACGCGUUGCGGUAUACAACCAGCCUCGGUUCCUUCGAGACCGAGAUGCCGGUGUGGGCGAGGGAGGGUUGGAAAUGGGAUCGUUCUUGA